AUGUCGGGCAUCUCGUUCAAAAUCAGCGCGCCCGGGCGACCCUCCUCGACAGCCCCUCCAUCCCGCCCCUCUUCAUCUCUCAGUCGCUCUCACACCGCUCAGGCAGACUCGGACGAUGACGACGAUGGUGCAGAGGCUGCGAGGCGCAAUGGCAGGGACCGGAAACGCCCACGGCUCGAUGCGGACGGCGAGGAGGUUGUCGAGUUUGGCGGAGGGGGCGCAAGAGGCAAAUCGACUCCCACCCCGACCGCCCCUCUCGUCAUCCCCUCUCUCCCGAACAAAGACUGGCGCAAAGCAGCCGAAGAGAUGCGCGGCGGCCCUCGCCGCAAGAAGAAGGAGAUCUACCUCCCGGAGAGGGCCGGCGGGAUGAGCAUGGCCUCCGGGUCUGCGUCAGGCGCGGCGAAUGGCGAGGCAGAGGGAGUCGAGCGGAUUGGGACGGAGGAGGUGAGGGGCGGAUUGAGCUUUGGGGAGAGAACGGAUGCGCCGGCCGUCAAAACCGAGACGGAGGAGGAGUCUGCUCCGCCACCUGCUCCUUCCGCUCCGCCGCCCGCAACGUCGACACCCGCCAGCAUGACGGAGGAGCAACGGGCCCUGCGCGAACUGCUCGGCACGGAAGGCGGUGCGGACGGACCGGCAGACGAGCUCGAUGCGAUAGUGUCGGCACCCGACGCACGAAACGGUCCUAUCGACGAAAGCGAGGCUUUCAAGCGCGAUGUCGACUCGCGUCCUGAUGAGGCUUCACUGCAAGACUAUGCCCGCAUCCCCGUCGGCCAAUUCGGUCUCGCCAUGCUCCGCGGGAUGGGCUGGCAACCCGGCCAAGCCGCCUCUCGCUCAGGCCGCGGCGCAACAGAAGCCUACGUCCCGAAGAAGCGCGAGGCCUUACUCGGAAUCGGUGCGACGAGUAUGAGUACUGCGCUGGGUGGAGAUGCGGCGAAGGGUAAGGAUGGGAAGGGACCGAGCGCGCAGAGGAAGAGGGAGGAUAUGAAAUUUGUGCCGUUGAUGAAGCGGGAGAGGGAGAGGAUCGAAGGUGGGACGUCGGGCGAGUCGUCUAGACGAAGCACCCCCGCAAUCAGCGACUCGCGCCCUCACUCCCGCUCAGGCUCGACCGCCUCCUCUCGUCGCCCUUCGCGCUCGCCUCCUCCUUCCUCCUCCUCGUCUUCUCGCCGUGACCGUGACCGUGACCGCGACUACGACCGCGACAGGGACGGCCGGAGAAGACGAGACAGGGACGAUGACCGAAGACGAAGGGACGAUAGGGGAAGCGACAGGGAGCGUGAGCGAGACCGGAGGGAUAGGGAUCGGGAUAGGGACCGCGAUGACCGACGCAGGCGAGACGAGCGCGAGUAUCGCGAUGAGCGGGACAGGCGGGACGACCGUGACAGACGGAAGUAG